CGUCAUAUUUAAAAAGGCCAGGCUUCUCUUCGGCCUUCCCCUCACAAUUAUUUCAUUGUCAAGAGAAUAUAGCCGUAAAAAUCGUUCGAAUCCUCCCAAUUUUUAUCUCAGUUUUCGAUUGUUUCCGUCGUCUUGUUUUUUAAGAAAUUCUGAGGAGUUUUGACGUUUCGGUGACGUACCUGAUAUAAAGAAUCGACAAUCGUAAUAUCUGAGGGACUGAAUGCUCUAAUGGAGUCUAAAGGUGGGAAGAAGAAGUCUAGCAGUAGUAUGUCUUUAUUCUACGAAGCUCCUCUUGGUUACAGCAUUGAAGACAUUCGACCAAACGGUGGAAUCAAGAAGUUCAGAUCUGCUGCUUACUCCAAUUGUGCUCGCAAGCCAUCCUGAUACUCUCCAAGUUUGUGACCUCAUCACUUAACGUGAUUUGUGAACUGUCAUUUUGCUUUAUUAGUGUUAAGUUUUACUCCCUUUUUUCUAUCAACAACUUCCUCUUUCUCACUCUUUGCAACUGCACUCCCAUUUGGGCUCUGAUAUACCUGCUGCAACUUUGGCACCACUGUAAUUGCAAAGUACUUUUCAACUGUGAUAGUUUUUGUUUAUACUGCCAUGGCAGUCUCUGCAAUUGGUUUUGAAGGUUAUGAAAAGAGGCUUGAAAUAGCAUUUUUUGAGCCAAGCAUCUUUGUUGAUCCUGAAGGAAAGGGCCUUCGUUACCUCUCAAAGGACCAGUUAGAUGAGAUUUUGGCGCCAGCUGAGUGCACUAUAGUUUCUUCACUAUCAAAUGAUCAUGUUGACUCUUAUGUCCUUUCAGAGUCAAGCCUCUUUGUCUAUCCAUACAAGAUCAUCAUCAAAACUUGUGGGACUACAAAGUUACUUCUUUCAAUCCCACCAAUCCUAAAGUUGGCUGAGACCCUUUCACUUGAAGUACAAUCAGUGAGGUAUACACGUGGGAGCUUCAUUUUCCCUGGAAAUCAGUCUUAUCCUCAUCGUAAUUUCUCAGAAGAAGUUGUGGUUCUUGAUAGCUACUUUGGGAAGCUUGGUUCAGGCAGCCAUGCUUAUGUAAUUGGUGGGUUGUACAAACCUCAGAAAUUGCAUGUGUACUCUGCUUCUGCAGAUUUAGUGAUCUCUUGUGACCCUGUUUACACUUUAGAGAUGUCCAUGACUGGCUUGCACAGGGAAAGGGCUUCUGUUUUUUAUCAGACCCAAUCAGGUUCGGUGGGUACAAUGACCAUCAAUUCUGGCAUCAGAAAGAUUCUUCCAUAUUCCAAGAUUUGUGAUUUUGAGUUUGACCCCUGUGGUUACUCAAUGAAUUCAAUUGAAGGGGCUGCUGUCUCUACCAUCCAUGUUACCCCGGAAGAUGGUUUCAGUUAUGCAAGCUUUGAAACGGUGGGUUACAAUCUGAAAGAAGUGAAUUUGGGUGAGCUGGUGGAGAGGGUGUUGGCUUGUUUCCAACCAAAUGAUUUCUCCAUUUCUGUGCAUGCUGAGGUUGCAGGAAAGUUUCUUGAGCAGGACUGUUUGUUGGAUGUGAAGGGGUACUGUUGUGAAGAGAGUGGACUUGAAGAGCUUGGAAUGGGCAGUUCAGUUGUCUUCCAGAAAUAUGGUAGGAGUGGGGGCAAUGGCUGUCCUAGAUCAACUCUGAGAUGCAGCUGGAAAGAGGAAGAAGAUGUAGUAUCUGAAUAAUCGUUAUGGUUCUCUUUUAAAUUUCUUGGGCUUUAAUCAAUUAAAAUAAAUGAUUGUUGGAUGUUGUCUAAUGAUCAAAUGUUUGUGUUGUGUAAUGGUCUCUGUUAAUUGUCUCGUAUAAGUGGUCAAUAAUAUUCAGAUUUGUGUGGCAGUCUUGAUCGUUUGUGGACUUAUGUUGCAUUCAUAAUGUAUUGGCAGCGUUGGAUUGAUCUGACUUAAUUGAAAAUGGGUUACAAAAAAUUAGUGUA